UUGCACUCUGGAUCACGAAUCUGGAAGAGAGUGUCAGUGGCUUAGGCACAAAGCAAGGGAAACAGAGAUCUGCACAUCAUCUACUCAGAGAGUGCAACCCUCCUCCAAAGCACGUUCCAGCAACUUUCUCUGAUCAACUUUCAUUUAUGAAGCAGUGCUUCUAUUAUCAGGUAAUUCAUACCUGAUAAUAAGAUAAACACAACUAAACAUCAACAUGGUACAGUCCUGCUUAUAAAAGAAACUGUUCAACUGAAAGCAGAAAACACCUGCACCAGUUUCAGCUACUGUCACUUCAUGUGAGUGUAUUUGUGUAUAACUCAAGCAGCCACAGAGAAUCAUGGCAUUUGCUGGGAUGUUGAGGCACGAGGACAUCAACACUGCAGUUCAGGCUUGUCAAGAUCCGGGCACAUUCAAUUACAAGUCAUUCUUUGCACAAGUGGGACUGGCCGGUUUAUCUGAAGCUGAUCGGAAAAAAGUGUUUUCAGUUCUGGAUCAAGACAAGAGUGGAUACAUUGAGGAAGAGGAGCUCAAACUGUUUCUUCAGAACUUCUCUCCAGGGGCCAGAGAGCUUACUGUGGCUGAGACCAAGAGUUUGAUGGCUGCAGGAGAUAAAGAUAGUGAUGGCAAAAUCGGGACGGAAGAGUUUUGCGAUCUCCUGAAAUAAAACAGAGGCCACCACUGCAUUCCUGUUGUCUAAUAAAGGAAUUUAUUAUGUUACCAAAAAAGAAAGAGAACAAAAACUUAAAGACAAUGUACCCGACUGAUACUUUCCAUGUUGAUGUGAUAUUCUAAUUAAUAACAUGUUUAUUGGACAGAAGACAAAAGUGGAUGUAUAUGUAUUAGUGG